AUGGACGUUGAACCCACCCACAGCCACCAGCAGUACAACUCCUGCCCGAACGCACCAUAUCCGGCCGAGGAUAUGAUUGCAAGCACUCCAGCACUGUUCUCCGGGGCCCUGUUAAACCGCGAAAUCACCAACAAAGAAGACAAAAAGGUAGAAAGUGCAAUAAAAUAUGACAAGGUCUCUCUUCCUCGGUGCUCCAUACAGAGGUGGCAGCCAUCUCCUGCUGGGCAUCAUGGCCACCUCAGUCCUCUGACGAAGCCCAAGAUCAUUAAAAAGAGGACCAAGAAGUUCAUCCAGCACCAGUCAGAUCCAUAUGUCAAAAUUAAGCACAACUGGCAGAAACCCAAAGGCACUGACAAUAGGGUACAUAGAAGAUUCAAGGGCCAGAUCUUGAUGCCCAACACUGGUUACAGGAGCAACAAGGAAACAGAGCACAUGCCUCCCAGUGGCUUUCAGAAGUUCCUAAUCCACAGCAUCAAGGAGCUUGAAGUGCUGCUGGUGUGCAACAAAUCUUACUGUGCAGAGUUUGCUCACAAUGUCUCCCCCAAGAACCACAGAACCACUGUGGAAAGAGCAGCCCAGCUGGCCAUCAGAGUCAGCAAGCCCAGUGCCAGGCUGUGCAGCAAAAAAAAUGAAUAG